CGACACCGAGGCUUUGAACAGCUUGUACACCCUUUCAAGAAGCGUGAUCGCAGAGGGUGUGCGCUGCUUCGAGACUGUUCCCUGCCGAGAAUGAAUUGAUCCUGUUCAGAGCGAUUUUCACAUUCCACCCCAAGUCGAUCCUCUACGAAAUGGCUUGCACGAGCCUACACUCUCCUCUUCGCCAGCUCAUCCGCGAUGCAGGUCGAUCACGAGAGCUUCCUUCCUUCCUUGUCCCAGCUGCUUCCCAACGGUGGCUUAUCCGACAUAAUUCGACGGUCGCCGCGCCGGCUCCGCAGUCACGAAUAGGCCGUACACCCAUCAACAUCCCUCCGGAGGUAUCAUUGAGGUUCUACGACCUGCCGAGGGGAAAUUCGAGAAGCAGGAAUCCUGAUACAGCGGCUACGGCGCUUGAAGUGACUGGUCCACUGGGCCAAUUGACUGUGCCGUUACCGCCCUAUCUCAGGACUGAACACGACGAAAUCACAAAGAAGAUUAAUGUCCAAGUGAACGAUGCGUCAGAAGCUCAUCAAAGGGCCAUGUGGGGAACUAUGCGCAGUUUGAUACAGAACAGUGUGUCAGGCGUAUCAGAAGGUCAUCUAUGUAUUCUGCGGCUCGUGGGUGUGGGAUACCGUGCUACGAUCGAAGAUACCGCAAUCACAAAAACGCCAGCUUACCCGGGCCAGAAAUUUGUGAAUCUGAAAUUGGGUUAUGCACAUCCGGUCGAGAUGCCCGUCCCGAAAGGAAUCAAGGCCAGCGUACCGCAGCCGACUAGAAUAUUGCUGGAAGGAUGCGACAAGCAGGUCAUCAAGCAAUUUGCUGCGGAGAUCCGGGAGUGGCGGAAGCCUGAGCCGUACAAAGGCAAGGGCAUAUUUGUCAACGAUGAGACGAUACGGCUGAAGGCCAAGAAGAUCAAAUAGACUAGCCGUACAACAAGGAUUGAGGCCAGGUCUGCUGUUGGCCUCCGCUUUUAUGUAACAAUUAUGUCUAUACGUCAGCCGCAGCUUCGUAUGCUAC